AUGAUAAAACGUUUCUUCCGGGAUUUGAAAGUACCGCUUUUUCCGAACGCCACUCUCCGCAAGACUUUGUUGGAGCUCGCCAAGAAAAAUGAGGAAGCUCCUAUAACAUUCCACGACCUAAGCUCAGUUUUUGGACUUGGGGAUGAGGUGGCCAAAAAGAGCUUCGCGCCGUUUUCUGCCAGAUGCACACAUCGGUACUCUUGGAUAUCUCAUGAGACAAUUGCUAUGGGAAACCAUGUUCUAGAUAUCACGUCACGCUGA